AUGGCGGACGCCUUCGGAGACGGGCUGUUCAGCGUGUUUGACGAUGAACAAACAAAUACUAACAAGAAGAGCUCUUUACCAGCUGCUAAAGACACCGGUAUAUCUUCAAACAAAGCUGGUUCUGAUAACGAUGUUGGUCCAUCUGGCCGAGUAAAGAGAGGAGGAGGAGACUCUGCAGAGGAUGUGCUGUUGACGAAGAAACCUCGAAAUGAAACCGUUUCCACCAACGAACUCAAUCUUGCAGAGCUUAUGCCUCAGGUGAAAGUUGAACAGGUUGACACAGUGGAAGGAUGCUCCCACGAGGUCGCUCUUCCUGCUUGUGAUGAAUACAAGCCUUUACGUCCCAGAGUUGGAAAAGCUGCCAAGGAAUACCCGUUUAUUCUUGACCCCUUCCAACGUGAAGCUCUUCUCUGCAUUGAUAACAACCAGUCUGUCCUUGUAUCGGCUCAUACGUCUGCGGGAAAGACCGUCUGUGCGGAAUAUGCCAUUGCACUCGCACUCCGAGAGAAACAGAGGGUCAUCUUCACCAGUCCCAUCAAAGCUUUGUCCAACCAGAAAUACAGAGAAAUGUAUGAAGAGUUUCAGGAUGUGGGUCUGAUGACCGGAGACGUCACCAUUAACCCCACAGCCUCCUGCCUCGUCAUGACCACAGAGAUUCUAAGGAGCAUGUUGUACCGAGGCUCUGAGAUCAUGAGAGAAGUGGCUUGGGUCGUGUUUGACGAGAUCCACUACAUGAGAGAUUCAGAGCGCGGUGUCGUGUGGGAAGAAACCAUCAUCCUUCUCCCCGACAAUGUGCAUUAUGUUUUCUUGUCAGCCACUAUUCCCAACGCCAGACAGUUCGCUGAGUGGAUUUGCUACCUCCAUAAACAGCCUUGCCACGUCGUCUACACCGAGUACCGUCCGACUCCUCUGCAGCAUUAUAUAUUUCCAGCAGGGGGCGAUGGACUCCACCUUGUUGUAGACGAGAAUGGCGACUUCAGGGAGGACAACUUCAAUACCGCGAUGCAGGUUUUACGAGACGCCGGUGACUCUGGAGGCAGCAGCGGCGGCAAAUGGGAUCCACGAGGACGCAAAGGAGGGACUAAAGGACCAAAUACUGUUUUCAAAAUAGUGAAAAUGAUCAUGGAGAGAAACUUCCAGCCUGUGAUCAUCUUCAGCUUCAGCAAAAAGGAGUGUGAGGCGUACGCGCUGCAGGUCGCCAAGCUGGACUUCAACAAAGAUGAGGAGAAGCGUCUUGUGGAGGAGGUUUUCAACAACGCGAUCGAUUGUCUCUCAGACGAAGACAAGAAACUCCCUCAGGUUGAACAUGUUCUGCCUUUGUUAAAGCGAGGCAUCGGGAUCCAUCACGGAGGACUUCUGCCGAUCCUCAAAGAAACCAUCGAGAUCCUGUUCUCUGAAGGUCUCAUCAAGGCGCUGUUUGCCACUGAGACGUUUGCGAUGGGCAUCAACAUGCCGGCUCGAACUGUGCUGUUCACCAGCGCUCGCAAGUUUGACGGAAAAAAUCAUCGUUUUAUUUCCUCGGGGGAGUACAUCCAGAUGUCUGGUCGUGCCGGAAGAAGAGGAAUGGACGAGCGAGGAAUCGUUAUAUUUAUGGUGGAUGAGAAGAUGAGCCCAGCUAUCGGGAAGCAGCUGCUGAAGGGCUCUGCGGACCCUUUAAACAGUGCCUUCCAUCUGACCUACAACAUGGUCCUGAACUUGCUGCGUGUGGAGGAGAUCAACCCCGAGUACAUGUUGGAGAAGUCCUUUUACCAGUUCCAGCACUACAGAGCUCUGCCGGGCGUCGUCGAAAAGAUGACGAAGCUGGAGGAGCAGUACCACGCCAUCGAGAUCCCCAACGAAGACAGUGUCAUUACUUACUACAAGAUCAGACAACAGCUGGCCAAACUCGAGAAGGAAAUCCAAGAGUUCAUCCACAAACCGAAGUUCUGCCUUCCCUUUCUACAGCCUGGUCGUCUCGUCAAAGUGAAGAAGGAAGAGGCCGACUUCGGUUGGGGGGUUGUGGUCAAUUUCUGCAAGAAAGCUAACACUAAGUCCACUGCAGAGUCGGAGCCCCUGUACGUGGUGGAGGUUCUGCUUCACUGUAGCAAAGACAGCGUCAAAGAUGCUGCAACAGAAGCAGCCAAACCCGCAGCUCAGGGGGAGACGGGGGAGAUGCAGGUGGUGCCAGUGAUGCUCCACCUCCUCACCUCCAUCAGCUCUGUUCGUCUGUACAUCCCCAAAGACCUGAGGCCUUUCGACAACCGGCAACUCAUGCUCAAGUCCAUCCAGGAAGUGCAGAAGCGUUUCCCGGACGGCGUCCCGCUGCUGGACCCCAUCGACGACAUGGGCAUCAAGGACCCGGCGCUGAAGAAGGUGAUCCAGAAAGUGGAGGCCUUCGAGCAUCGCAUGUACAGCCACCCUCUGCACAGCGACCCCAAGCUGGAGUCGGCCUACUCCCUCUGCGAGAAGAAGGCCCUGAUUGCUGCAGAUGUGCGGACGGCCAAACGGGAGCUGAAGAAGGCUCGCACCGUUCUGCAGUUGGAUCAGCUCAAGUGCAGGAAGAGGGUCCUGCGCAGACUCGGGUUCGCCAGUCCGUCUGACGUCAUCGAGAUGAAGGGGAGGGUCGCGUGUGAGAUCAGCAGCGCUGACGAGCUGCUUCUGACAGAGAUGGUGUUUAAUGGACUUUUUAAUGACCUCACGGUGGAACAGGCCACUGCGCUGCUGUCCUGCUUCGUGUUUCAGGAGAAUGCCAGUGAGAUGCCGAAACUCACAGAACAACUCGCGGCUCCUCUGCGGCAGAUGCAGGAAUGUGCCAAACGUAUCGCGAAGGUGUCGGCGGAUGCGAAGCUGGAGGUGGAUGAGGAGAGCUACAUGAACCAGUUCAAGCCGCACCUGAUGGACGUGGUUUACGCCUGGGCCAACGGCGCCACCUUCGCUCAGAUCUGCAAGAUGACGGACGUGUUCGAAGGAAGCAUCAUCCGCUGCAUGCGGCGCCUGGAGGAAGUCCUGCGGCAGAUGUGCUCCGCUGCGAAGGCCAUCGGCAACACGGAGCUGGAAAACAAGUUUGCAGAAGGGAUAACAAAGAUCAAGAGGGACAUCGUCUUCGCUGCCAGCCUGUACCUGUGA